AUGAGGCUGCAUGCCUGCCACAAAGAGUUGAAAGGCAUCCCAGAGACUUUGUUGGAGGCUGAGUUGAAUGAGGCGUUGGAGUGGAGCCGUCCAGAAAGCAACAAGAAGUUCCGCUUGGCGGUGCGUGGGCACUACUUGCUCAUCCUGGAUGACUCUGGUAGUCGCAUUCCUCUGCGUGAAGAUGAGCUCAUCGGACUUGAGGUCCUCACCAAGCGUGGCAGCGAGGGAAUUCCUCCGCUGGUCGGCUUGAAAACUGUAAAACCAGAGGAGAGCAAGGACUCCAAAGCAAAGGGAGAAGGAGCAGCUGCCAAGGCUCCUGUCCCGAAGGGCAAGGGGGCACCAUCAAAGCCAGUGGACUCUGCAUGGCUGCUAGUAGCUGAAGGUGGCGAGGAGUGUGUUCACCGAGCAGUGUUGUCCUUGGCUGGUGCCGGGGCUUUGCGGUCAGACUUCGAAGCGGCUUAUCACAUGGAAGAUGGAGUUGUAGGUGCUGCGGAUGUGGCUGUGCAGCACCAUAGACUGGACCCAGGUAUUGACCCCGCUGGCUUUUGCGAAGACUGUCGGGUUUGCUUUGAUCGCUUGGUACCUUGUGGAGCAGUCAUGACUCCAGCCAACUAUCAGCAGGCGACCACGGGACCAGAUCCAGAUGCGCCGAGCGAUCGUGGACAGGCCACCUUCCAGCAUGGCACCAGGGCGAGCUGCAACUAA